UAAUUUGAUAUACUGAUUAUUUUGGAAAUAUACUAUUCAUUUGUCCAACAGUGUGAUUUCAGUGCCAACUCUUGUUUGAGAAAAUGAAUGAUCCAGCAAAGAAACCGGAGGAUCCCACACCUGGGACUGAUGAUGGGAAGAAGGGAAAAGGUGGAAAAGGGGGACACGGCCAUGGGAAAGCCGGCGAGCAUGGAGGAGAUCAUGGAGGCGACCAUAAAGGAAAAGGAGGCGAGCAUAAAGGAAAAGGAGGCGAGCAUAAAGGAAAAGGAGGCGAGCACGGAGAUCAUGGAGGCGAGCAUAAAGGAAAAGGAGGCGAGCAUAAAGGAAAAGGAGGCGAGCAUGGAGAUCAUGGAGGUGACCAAAAAGGAAAAGGAGGCGACCACGGAGGAAAAGGAGGUCGUGGAGGACAUUAAAGAUUUAAUCAUGUACCAUUUGCAUCUGUUUAAUCACGGUAAUUAUUACGGGAAAAACAUGAGCGAUUUAUUAAAGUUUACAAAUCUCUAA